UUUUCUUUUCCUGUUGAGACACUUCCAGGUGGGACCAACUCGUCAGAUGCCUUCACUUCAUCUGCGUCGCGCGCUCACAGGCACUGGGUCGCUGACCGUGGGCCCUCUCUGUCGGGUCUAUCCUCCCCACGGAGAUCUCGCUCGCCCGCUUCAAGCUCGCUUCGGUUGACCGUCCAACGGCCGCCGUGCAUGGCGCACUCGCCCCUGUUGACCAUACCCCUGGCCCUACAUACUGGGCGCCCCUAUCUCUACUCCAAAUGGCCUGCUCCGCAAGAAGCCGAGUCCUCUCAUCCACACCGCGCGCCGCCGCCAGACUAUUAGAACUGAUCCGCCGUCGACGAUUCCCGAUUUCCUUCGCUGUGGUGACCUCGGUGCCGACCUGGGAAGCUUCGGAGACUCAGAGCGGAACCAAUCGUGACCACGAUAAGGGCUGGGAGCGUUCUCGGGUCCCCGGAAUUUCUCGCCGAGGCUCUAGCUCCGCCGCAUCACCGCCGCCGUGCGCCAUUAGCGAAUGGGAGAAUUCGCCGUCGCAUCUUCACCAUAUGGUGGCCGCCGGGGAGACCACGUCGUCGGGGACUCUGGGUUCUCCAUUGCCGUGCGCCAGUACUGGAGUGAGGCUCCUCGCCUCUACCUCGCACCGGCGGAUCUCGUGCUGUUGGGCGCGACCAUCGGAUAAUGGUGAAGAUGUCGGAGUUCGGCGCCCGGUUGUGAACUGCGCUCCAAGGUCGGUCGGCUCUCCUCCAUCGGUGAAGAGCCCGUGACUGAGGACCCUGGUGAGCAGCAGGUUG